GCUGACGCGGUCGAUGACAUUUUCAUCUGUGCCCUUUGAUCAAAUUAUGGAAUGGCCACUUCAUAUUUUAGCAAUGUGGACGAGUAUGGAUUCGAAAGACCAUCGAAUUUUGAUUAUGAAACUUACGAGGAUUUUAUGUCUGAGUACUUGAAGGUUUUGGCUAAAAGGGCUAAAAAAUGGGCGGAAAUUAUUGGAGGAGGAAAGUCCCUUCAGCGCAACAUUAAGAUAAAAAAAUAUGUACGGAAAGGAAUUCCUGGAGAACACAGAUCAUUGGUAUGGCUCGCAGUAAGUGGAGGGGAAGAAUUAAAAAAUGUAGUUCCUGGUUUUUACCAACAAUUGCUAGACGGUCCGCAUAGCCCAGAAGUUGCAGAAAUUAUAAGAACGGAUCUUCCUCGGACCUUUCCAGACAAUAUUUUCUUUAAUAAUACAAAAUCCCACCAACUACAACUUUACAAUAUUUUACUAGCCUUUGCUCAUCAAAACCGAGAUGUUGGAUAUUGUCAAGGAUUGAAUUACAUAGCAGGAUUAUUGCUUCUUGUAACAAAAAGCGAGGAAACAGCUUUUUGGUUGCUGAAAGUAUUAAUUGAGAAAAUACUGCCGGAGUAUUAUACUCCCACAAUGGACGGUUUGUUGACAGACAUUGACGUUCUUGCAGAAUUAGUCAGGAUUAAAAUGCCGGAUGUAUAUGAACACAUAACCAAUAUGGGGUUACCAUGGGCUGUGAUUGCGACAAAAUGGUUCAUCUGUCUAUUCGCAGAAGUUUUACCAAUCGAAACAACUCUGCGAAUUUGGGACUGCCUAUUUUACGAGGGCAGUAAGAUUAUUUUCAGAGUCGCAUUGACACUGAUAAAAAGAAAUAAAGAGAGCUUAUUAGCCUGCCAGGAUUUCGCAGUAUUAGCAGAUUGUUUUAAGGAAAUAACCAAGGACAGUAUCGUCCUUCAUUGUCAUGACUUUUUGCAAAGCAUUUUUAAGGAACCUGGUUCACUACCUCGUAGCACAAUUACUAAGUUAAGGAUAAAGGCUUCCCAACAACGAAUGGAUCUGAGAAAGGCGAAAUUAAGUAGGUAAUAUUCGUUACAAAUAUAGAACCCACCGCACGUUUUAUCUCUCUAGUCAAUGUCUACUUUAUACGUAAGGUACCUUUAAAAUUCGUUACAAAAAUGAAAAAAGGAUGCAACUUAAAGUGAGAGAUAUGUCAUCAUUUCUUUGAAAAAAAUGGUGCCUCGUUUUUAAUACUGUUACUGGCCAGCUGAAUUUCGAAAUAAUUUCGAUAACUAUUUGUUAUUGGUUAUUUUUUUGGUGAUUUAAAUAUAUUUCUUAAAAUCACAGGCUUCCUGGAGAAAGAAUCAUUUAAUUGUAAUAAUAAAAGAGUUGAAUAAAAUCUUAUAUUCUUUGAAGCCUGUGAUUUCUAAAGACUACAAAAUGAAUCAAAUGUCACGCCAUAAUAUUAUUCAUCACAAUCGUUAUUUUGUAAUCUUAUGUUAUUUUAAAUUUGUACUCACAAAUUAAUUUUAUGCUCUUUAAUUCUCAUUUAUUAGAAUUGUUUACACCGAGAGAACUCCAAGAUUUUGUAAGUCAAUUUGCGAUCUUUCACUAUUUAUGUAAAUAAUGCAGUUCUGAGUAUUUAAAAGGAUUUUUUUCCUUUCGUUUUUUCGUGACUAUUGAUAUUUUCAAUGUGAAUUUUCGCUACAUGUAGAUCAAAAGCGAACAAAAGUAUGUAUAUUUAUAAAGCAUCUCAAUUUAUGUUACACUAGGUUAUUUGAUGUUUAAUGAUCUCUGUUAAUUAAAAUAACUUUAAAUCUUAAUAUAGUUUCCAGUAUUAAAGACUAUUAUCUAUGAGAAUAUCGCAGGCUAAAUAUUCGAAAUAUUAUACGAUUAGAGUUUCGUCCUUUUAGAUGUAAAUUCGAUACACUGCAUAAAUAAAUUGUGGAACAAGAA